CCAAAACAGAGAGCGGCCAAAACGGAAGCAAAAAAAGUCUCAUCAUUCUUUUCUUUUUUACUUCCAUCUCCUCCCUUUGCUCAUUGCCAUAACAACACAGCAGAGAGAAAGAAAGCUUUCUGUAAUUGCAAACUCUAUUUCCCAAUGAGCUGAUUAAUUAGUACAUUUUGUCAUAUCUACGAGAUCAUGCACUCUUGUCUUUGCUUACGUUAAUUUGGCAGAGUUUCUUAAAAUGAGGUUUUAAUUAAUAGUAACAUUUUUGAAUUUUUUUGCCCAUCAUUUACUGUAACAGUGUUGAAUUUUUUUUUGGAAAUUCUAUUUCUCUGUUAAUUUGAUCCAAUGGCUGCCAUCGCUGAGGAUCCCACUACUGAUGUUGUUGUUGUCAAAGAAGUUCAUGAGAUUUGUAUCAACAAAGAUUCUGAAAAGAUCAUCAAUGACAAAACUGAGAUGACCUCACACGAGACUGAGUCUGAGCUCAAACCUGAAUCCGAGUUAGAUAUGCAAAAGCUGGUGGCUAUUUUCAAGAAACUGAAUCCUUUGGCUAAGGAGUUCUUUCCCUCUUAUUACAAUCCCAAGAAAAACGGUGAAACUGCAAAAGGUGAUCAAUUUGAUGAUUUAACCACGGCUAAGAAGCAAUCUGGUGAGGAGUUUGGUUCUGAUGGAAAGAAGGAUGACAUUAACCGGAAGAGAAAAAACAAUAAUAGCCAAGGGAGAAGGAGGUUGACUGGAAGAAUUUCAAAAGCUCAGAGAGAGGAUAGUAUUAGAAGAACAGUGUAUGUUUCUGACAUUGACCAGAGUGUGACUGAGGAGGGUCUUGCUGCCUUGUUUAGUAACUGUGGACAAGUUGUUGACUGUCGAAUUUGUGGGGAUCCACAUUCAGUUCUUCGGUUUGCGUUUGUCGAGUUUGCUGAUGACCAGGGCGCACAUAAAGCUUUAAGCCUUGGUGGAACGAUGCUCGGGUACUAUCCCGUGAGGGUCUUACCCUCCAAAACUGCUAUUCUUCCAGUGAAUCCCACAUUUCUUCCUAGGUCUGAAGAUGAAAGGGAGAUGUGUUCAAGGACCAUCUAUUGCACAAACAUUGACAAAAAGGUUUCUCAAGCUGAUAUGAGAAACUUCUUUGAGUCAGCAUGUGGUGAGGUAACUCGUCUGAGGCUUCUUGGGGAUCAACUGCAUUCAACUCGCAUUGCUUUUGUUGAGUUUGCUCUGGCGGAUAGUGCAACUAGGGCGCUCAAUUGCAGCGGGAUGGUCAUUGGAUCCCAACCCAUAAGGGUAAGUCCAUCAAAGACACCAGUGAGGCCACGAAUCACUCGACCACCAUCCACAAACUAGAGACAGACCUGACUAGUUUCCUGGAUUUCCAGAAGAGAGAUGAUUGCAGACUUUUUGUUUCCUUCAGUAACUUUUGUUCUUUCGUUUAUCUUUUUACGUUUUAGCUACAGUUAUCUCCAAUUAUGUUAGUACCUGGAAACACUACGUUCCUGCUUCUGAAUUUGGAGUGUUCUUGUUAGGUUCCUGUCUUUUCAGACUGAGAUACUUCUCUAUGUUUCAUCAUCUUUCUCUUUAGGGAUUUUCUUGAACAUUCGUUUUAAAAAGUUGUUGGUUUUCACAAA